CAACCACUGACUUAGCAGAAGAUGCUUUAAACUGUACAUAGUGACACCACCCGCGCAUGCGCACCGACUCCCCUCUCCUCUCCUCUUCUGUGACUGACCGCCAGUGACCUCAGCUUCUGCAGCAGGCUCGCGCACACACACACACGCACACACACACACACACACACACACACACACGCGGGGAGAAGACACCGCACGAGGAGGAGAGAUGGCCGGUAUUUUCGGGAAAAUCUUCGUGGGAAUUUACGUGGAGAUAAAACGGAGCGACGGACGGAUACACCAGGCGAUGGUCACGUCGCUGCACGAGGACAACGAGAGUGUGACGGUGGAGUGGAUCGAGAACGGAGACACCAAAGGGAAAGAGAUCGAUCUGGAGAGCGUCUUUGCUCUGAAUCCAGACGUUGCUCCUGAUGAGGAGAUACCACAGAGUCCCGAGGCUCCUCUUCCUCCCUCCAAUGCUGCCAAAACCAGCAAACUCCCCAAGACCAAACGGAUUACAGCAAUACCAAAGGCUGAGAAUGUUCCACGGGAGAAUAGAGCUGCAGCAGUGGGAACCACCCGGGCCCGUCCCAGCCAGCACAGCCAACCUGCAGAGCCCCCUCCACCAGCCAUCGCCCCCCAGAGCGCCCUCAACCAGACCCUGUUACAGCAGAACGCACGGAAGAAAUCCAACUGUGUGAAGGAAGUGGAGAAACUGCAGGAGAAACGAGAGAGGAGGCGACUUCAGCAGCAAGAGCUCAGAGAGAAGAGGGCACAAGAGGUGGAUGUCAAUUUACCAAACUAUGAAAUCAUGUGUAUGAUCAGAGACUUCAGAGCCAGUCUGGACUACAGGCCUUUAACCAGUAAUGAUCUGAUCGAGGAGCACAGGAUAUGUGUAUGUGUGCGUGCACGUCCCCUCAAUAAGAAAGAGUUGUCCAUGAAGGAUUUAGAUGUGAUCACCAUUCCCAGUAAGGACGUGGUAAUGGUCCACGAGCCCAAGCAGAAAGUCGACCUGACCCGCUACCUGGAGAACCAAACCUUCCGCUUCGACUACGCCUUCGAUGAGAACUCCACCAAUGAAAUGGUCUACAGGUUCACUGCUCAGCCGCUUGUUGAGACCAUUUUUGAGAGGGGGAUGGCGACCUGCUUCGCAUAUGGACAAACCGGAAGCGGAAAAACACACACGAUGGGAGGGGACUUUUCAGGAAAGAACCAGGACUGCUCCAAAGGGAUCUAUGCACUGUCUGCCAGAGAUGUCUUUCUCAUGAUAAAGAAGCCAAAUUACAAGAAGUUGGAUCUCCAAAUCUUUGCCACGUUUUUUGAGAUUUACAGCGGGAAGGUGUUUGACCUGCUAAACCGCAAAUCCAAGUUACGGGUCCUGGAGGACGGGAAGCAGCAGGUGCAGGUGGUGGGGCUGCAGGAGAGAGAGGUGAAGUGCACAGAGGACGUCCUCAAACUCAUCGAAGUGGGAAACAGCUGCAGGACUUCUGGUCAGACCUCAGCGAACGCUCACUCCUCCCGGAGCCACGCUGUGUUUCAGAUCAUUCUGCGUCGGCGGGGGAAGAUGCAUGGAAAGUUCUCCCUCAUUGACCUGGCGGGGAACGAGAGAGGGGCGGACACUUCCAGCGCCGACCGCCAGACUCGCCUCGAAGGAGCCGAGAUCAACAAGAGCCUGCUGGCGCUGAAGGAGUGCAUUCGAGCUCUGGGCAGAAACAAACCUCACACUCCGUUUAGAGCCAGCAAGUUAACCCAAGUGCUGCGGGACUCGUUUAUAGGAGAAAACUCCAGAACGUGCAUGAUUGCGACCAUCUCUCCUGGAAUGGCUUCAUGUGAAAACACCUUGAACACGCUGAGAUACGCCAACAGAGUAAAGGAGUUUGGGAUAAGUCCCUCAGACAUUCCCUUCUCCCAGAGCGGGGGCGGAGGGAGUCGCUCUGAGCUCUCCCCUACCUACGAGGUGAAGGAGCUCACCGUGGACCCCGCGGCGGCGAUGGACGGCCGCCAGGGAGGACACGUCAACCAGCUGGAGGUGCUGGAGGCUCAGUGGGGAGUCGGGAGCUCGCCACAGAGAGACGACCUGAAGCUGCUCUGUGAACAGAACGAGGAAGAAGUUUCCCCGCAGCUCUUCACUUUCCAUGAAGCCGUCUCUCAGCUGGUGGAGAUGGAGGAGCAGGUUCUGGAGGACCACAGGGCGGUGUUCCAGGAGUCGAUCCGCUGGCUGGAAGAUGAGAAGGUGCUUUUGGAAAUGACGGAGGAGGUCGACUACGACGUCGAGUCGUUCGCAACUCAACUAGAACAAAUCCUGGAUCAGAAGAUAGACAUUCUCACCGAGCUGAGAGACAAAGUCAAGUCUUUCCGUUCUGCACUCCAGGAAGAGGAGCAAGCUAGCCAACAAAUAACCCCGAAGAGGCCUCGCGCACUAUAGACAAACAAAAUCUAAAAAAAAAGAUAAGAUAAAGGUGAACGAAAAAGAGCUGAUUAAGCUCAGCUGUGAUUUUACGACUUUCUGUCUUUCUCUGUGCGUUUGUGGUCUCUCCUCAACCUCUUUGCUGUACAGGCUGCCAUCGCUACCCAUCAUGCAUCCGUCCACCUGUAAGAGCAGGCCCGUCGUUGCUCUUCCAUCCUCCUGUGAAGUGAAUUUACAAGGUUUUUUGUAUGUGUCACAAGUGCUUCAUAUUUAAAAAAAGAAAAGAAAAAAGGUGAAUAAUUAUUUGUUUUAAAAGACAUUUUUAUAGGGUCAAUCAUAGCUUAUCCUCACUUUGGCCAAUUUUAUAAACAACUUUUGCCAUUUUGUGCAAUAUUUGGAGAGUUUUCUUCCUGUUUCCGUCCCCUUGUUUCAGCUCUGGGGGGUGAACAGGGCCACGUCGAGUUUGUGUGUAAAAUGAGCCAAUGUGUGUUUGUGUUGAUACUGUAUGUAAUAUAUGUUUGAUUGAGAGAACGCUUAAAAAAAAACAAACACAAAACUAACCUUGCAUUAUGUUAACUGACCUAAUGGGGGCACUAUAAUCAAAGACAAAGCAACUGAUUUCAGAGUUGUUCCCAUACAACAAUUACAGAAAGUCAUUUUUAAUCUGCCAAAAUAAAGAAAAGGUUACUUCUU